AACAGACGCGGUGUCUGUUUCGGUGUCCACGACACGUGAAGCCGACGCGUUUCCCAAUGAAGUUCUGCCUGGCUGCGCUGGCCUUGGGGGCCUCCGCCUUGAGGUCCCAGCCUGCAGUGGAACCGAUGAAGUGAGCGCCAGCAGCAACGACCCCUGGACCUGCGACAAGUUCGGUGGGGACAGUGAGGAGUGCGUGAAGCACUUCCAGAAGCACGAGACAGGUCAUUUCCAGUGCGUCCUUCGUGCCGCGGGCGUGGGCACCUUCAACUGCCUCACCGGGCACCGUUGCGUCGCAAGUGCCUUGGACGCCCUGGGACAGGGCCACUGCGAGGAGGGCCAGAUCUACGAAAGCGCGGCUUGGGAGCUGGCGCCCAGCUCUGGGGGAACCAAGGGAUUUAAGACCGCAGAGUACAAGGGGUGGGUGAAGGAUGCCUGGGCCAAGUGCUUGUUGAAGAAUCCUCAGACCAAAUUCAUCAGCGUCUGGACAAAUGCUGGCUACAGGUGCUAUACGGCCGCCUCCUGCAAGCCCAACGGCAUCAAGGGAAUCACCUCGUUCACCACAUCCGUGGACUUGAAUUCCAUUGGAAAGGGCCAUUGCGAGGGCGGUCAAAUCUAUAAGAGUCGAGCCUGGGAACUGGGACCCAAGCGAAAAGGCAAGAAAGGAUUUACGACUCGGACCUAUAAGCGCUGGGUGAAGGCUGCGUGGCGGAAGUGCCAAGAGAAGGACCCCAACACCAAAUUCAUCAGCGUCUGGACGAACGCGGGCUACCGCUGCUACACCGCCGCCAGCUGCACACCCAAUGGCUUCGAUCGCAUCACGUCCUUCACCACGGCGUAA